AAAUGUCAUUUACAAAUUCUAACAAUGAAACAAAAAAUGAAAUAGUCGAAAAUGAGAAUCCUGAAAAUUUGGAAGAUUUAAUUGAUAUUGGCAUGAACAAUGAAGAAAUUAAAGUUGAAAAUCAACAAGUUGAAGAGGAUGGACGUGCAAAUUUAAAAAUUCAAAAACUGUCAACAAAAACUAAACGCAACCUUAACCCAACUCCAAAAGAAUGUAGUAUCUGUGAACGUAUGGCUAGUGGAUAUUUCUUUUAUGGAGUAAUUUGUUGUGAUGAUAUAAAUGUCUGCAAAAGUUGCCGUUUCGAUAAAUGCAUAUUAAAUGGAAUGUAUAUUCAAACAACAAAAGGAAGACAACCCGAAAAGGUUUUGGAAAUACAAACAAUGAUUCAAAAUAAACGUAGAGAACUUGCUAGUAAAGGAAAAUAUAUUCAAGGAAAAUCUAAUAAUUGUGCUGGUGAAGAGUUAAAUUUUGUUGAUUUGCAAAAUUCAAUAAUCGCUGCUCAAAACAAACAAUUUCUUGAAUAUCUUCUAACUGUCGAGCAAAGUGUCUACCGUACAAGAGAUUCAGGGAUUGAUGAAUGCCAUUACAAUUCUUCGUGUAAUUCUCUUGCUUCAUUGCUCACGCGUAAAGAAAAUUUAAUUGCUAUGAAACACGGGAAUAUUGGAAUGCAUCAAAAAUCUGUUCAUGCUCCAAUCGAAGGAUUUAUUGCCUUUUCUAAGCUACCAAAACCUCUUACGGAUAUGUUGCUUAUAAUUGUUGAUACUGCAAGAACCAUGCCUUUUUUCGAUAAAUUGGAUUUACCUGACAAGGUGAUGAAUAACUUAGUCGAUACUCGUCCCCAAAGGUUUUAUCCCAAAACCCACAGACCUCGAAAUUUACCUAUAUUUUUUCCAACUUUUCACAAGUUCUAA